AUGUCCAAUGCUACUGGCUCUCUCCUUACCCCUCCGUUGGCUUCCGAUGAACAGUUCAAUCAGCCGAACACACCCAUCGACAUAUCCGGAAAGACGGCGCCGAAGCCCCUGCUCGCGAGGCCUCUAAGUGACAGCGAGUCGUCGUAUUUCCUCCCGUCUCGCGAGAAUGGCGUGAACGACAUGUACCUCCAUAUUGGCUUCCGUGCGCCGAAAGGGCUGGCACGGCGUGAACGCGCAGCUCUUGUAUGGACUAUCCUUCGUAUGAGGCAUCCCCUCCUCAUGUCGAAUGUGGAAAUGCGCGAUUACGACAAUAUACAAUUUGUGCUCACGCCUCCCGCUUCGGUAGCACAUGCCUUGGAAGAUGCCAGGAACAACUUCGAUGCAAGCUCUCGUAGCAAAGACGACCUGAUUGACUCCUUCUUGAAUGGCCCGAGGACACUGUCCAAUCAACGACUGUCAUAUCUGUAUUUCUCAGUACCUGACGAUGCUGGCACUUCCCUCCCCAGUCCCCCUCUUACACCGGAUCCAGGCUCAGCCAAACAACUAAUCGAGUCUUACGUGACCUGUGACUGGAUCGUAUGCGCGACACACUUCCUCGGCGAUGGGAUGGCCCUACAUCAGUUCGCCAACGACUACUUUAGCCUUUUUGGAAGCAGCAAGUCCGAUGAUGAACUUGAAGCGAUCAUGCAGGACGAAUGGGCCAUGCGAUGGGAGAAGAUCCCGGAGGAGUGCCCUGUAAUUCCCUCGUCGAUGGAGGCUAGAUUUCCACCUGUCGUCGGCGGGAGGUUCCGACGUGCUGUUGAACAGAUCGACUUCGCGAGGAAUCAGGAAAAGUCGAUUGGAGGACAUGCGUUCCCUAGAGCCUCUGGCAAACCGCGACAUACGAUCGUGCCUACAGUACCAUUCGAUGCAACUGAGACGACGAGAAUGCUCAAGCUUUGUAAGGCUCGAGGCGUUUCCAUUUCCAGCGUUAUGUUCGCUAUUUGCAACAUUGCUUGGAUUCGACUAAACAAAGGGAAUCCGGAGCUGCCCAUGAUGAUGUACUCUGCUCUCAACAUGAGACCCUAUCUUAUCGCAAACAAGUCGUUGUACGAAUCCUAUUGGUUCCUUGCCGUCGGAUACUUCAACGUGACGCUACCUGGGUUCUUACCUUCAUCGAAUGUCGACAAGACGUUCUGGCAUCGGGCGCGUUCAGCCAAAGAUCAAAGCUCCCAGGCAGCCAAAAGCCGCAUGGUUGUGUCUCGAAGCAGACUAAUGUCCAUUGAACGUGGUCAGCGAGCCAGAGGUUGGGCGAAGGAAGACGACGCAAAGGCAAAUGGGACAUGGCAAGCACCGCCUCCAUCAAACAAACCGAAAUCCUCGAAACCACCAUCGAUCGCAACCUUAGGACUAUCGCUCCUUGGCAAUCUAGAUGGGAUGUAUAAACAUAGCACAUACCCGGACAUCCAGCUGUAUUCGCUUACGACGGGAUCUCGCCAGCGGCCUGGUGGAAUGCUGCUGUUCGCGUACACCUUUGCUGGGAAGUUGUGGGUUAGUCUCGGGUACGACGAGAAUGGGUUCGAGGAGGAGACUAUUCAGACGUUCUGGGACAAUGUUCUUUCUGGGAUACGGGAAUUCCUUCUAGUGUAA